CUGAUGGAACAUAUGCUAUGAAGAAAGUUCUCAUUCAAAGCGAGGAGCAGUUAGAGUUGGUUAGGGAGGAGAUUCAUGUUUCAUCCCUAUUUAAUCACCCUAAUUUGCUUCCCCUUCUUGAUCAUGCAAUUAUUGCAGUUAAGGGUGCGCAACAAGGAGCACAGAGCCAUGAAGCUUAUUUACUGUUCCCUGUUCAUUUGGAUGGAACUUUACUAGAUGUUACCAAAGUUAUGCAAGCAAAGAAGGAAUUUUUUCCAACAAUCACUGUUCUUCAAAUAUUUCGACAGCUUUGUGCAGGACUGAAGCACAUGCACAGUUUUGAUCCUCCAUAUGCUCAUAAUGAUGUCAAACCUGGUAACAUUAUGAUAACACAUCGAAAGGGACAGCCGCCUCUUGCCAUUCUAAUGGACUUUGGAAGCACUUGUCCUGCAAGAAAAGAAAUUCAUUCACGUUCACAGGCAUUACAAUUACAGGAAUGGGCUGCUGAGCACUGUUCUGCACCUUUCCGGGCUCCUGAAUUGUGGGACUGUCCAAGCCAUGCUAACAUUGAUGAGAGGACCGAUAUAUGGUCUCUCGGAUGUACCUUGUAUGCAAUAAUGUAUGGCUCAUCUCCUUUUGAGUAUGUAGUUGGUGAAUCUGGAGGAAGCUUACAGUUGGCUGUUAUGAAUGCCCAGAUAAAAUGGCCUUCUGGUCCCGACCCCCGUUAUCCCGAGUCCCUCCAUCAAUUUGUAGUUUGGAUGCUUCAGCCUCAAUCUGCAAUCCGGCCUAACAUUGAUGAUAUCAUCUUUCAUGUUGACAAGCUCAUAUCAAAACACUCAUCUUGAGCUCAAUGGAAAAUGCUUGUUGGGCCCGUAUUUAUGUAAGUUAUAGUGCAUCUUCUUUUUGCUGUUUGACAUGUUAAUUUAUUGGAAGCCACAUUGUUAUCGUCUCUUGUUAAGAAAAUACUUUUUUUUUUUGUAGUUUUAACUGAAAUCAUCAAUUUACUGAAAGUUAUAGUUCUCGGUGCAGUAUAAGCCAGUUGUAAUGAUACUUAUAUUGAACAAGUCGCUGUUAAAAUAAUGCAGCACACAAUCAUGAGGAUGCUGCUGAUUGUGUAAUUAACAAUUUGAUGAGCUUAUGUAAAAUAAGCUCAAAAGGCCGUCUACAAUGACACAACAUUUUGUAGUAUUUUAUGCCA